CCUUUUUUUCUUUUUUUUUUUUUCUUUCGCUUCCAAUCCCUAACUCACUAAAGUGGUAAAUGUCUUCUACUGUCAUUGACCAGACUUUGAUAGAAGCGUUCCAUCAUAUCCGUUUUGAUGCUGAUUCUACGACUACCAACAACCCUGCUAAUACUACAAAUUCGUUACCUAGAGGAGAUUCAUAUAGGCCUCGUAGUCGUAACACGCAAUGUGUACCGAGUGAAGAUGAAGAAGACGAAGACGAACAGGACGUUUACCAAAGCUCUGAUAAUGAAGAAGACGAAGUACUAGAGGAAGCAUUUGAAAAGGCUCGCUUGAAAGCAAACUUCAACAACAAGACAAAGAAAUUAGUAAAUGAAGUGGCAACAAAUAAGAGGUCCAAGGUGCCCUUACCAAGCGAUGAUGAAGUCAGCACAGACGACGAAUUGGAAGAUCAUGAAGAGGAUGAAGAAGAAGACGAUGACGACGACAAUGAUAUCCUACUCUCUGUAAAGCUCAACAAUACUUUGAACAAAAAUCGAUCUUUGCAAUUAGCCGCACCCCAGCUUGUAAGCAACGGAUUGAAUCUAAUGCUGCCUUUCAACAAAUCUGCACCCACUUUGGCACAACAAGCAUAUCAAACUCAACCACAGAAACCACAACAGCAACGCCACUCCAGUGAUAGCAGCCAUUAUAAGCAAAUAAAUUACCAUCAUACUGCAGCAGUAACAAAUAGUAGUAGCAGUAUACCUCAAAUCAUGCUAGGAAAUCGAUCGAUCUCUACAGAAGACUUGAGCAGAUACAAUAUCUAUGGUAACAGAGGAAUUAGCAGUGGCAGCAACAGCAGUAGUCAUAGUCGCAGAGGAGGUGGAGGCGCAGAAGGAGGCGAUGGGGGCGAGGAGGACCACACUUUGACUAGUAGACAGCAGAUAGCUUCUUCCGCCGCUUCUUCAUCUUCUCAUUCAUCCCCUAAAAUGCACCUCUCUAUGCAGCAGCAGCAACAUUCUUUUUAUCCUUCACAUUACUUCCAACAUCAUCAUCAUCACCAUCAUCCAAAUGGCACAACUUCGACCAAUACUAGCGCAACGCCCCAACUGCAACAGCAAAAGAAACAUCAUCAGCAUUAUCAGCAUCAUCAACAACAGAUGCGCGCUUUAUCUGGUAUGGACCUUAUCAAGCAAAGGGAACAAGAAAAAGCUGACGCAAAAAGACAGAACAAUAAAUUACCACGAUUAAUGAAUCCAGCUCAAAUGGAAGCUAAAUUCGAAGGCGGUUUGUUGAGCAGAUUACCUCAACAGGGUACUCACAAUAUUAACUUCCAGCAAGUACAACAACAGCAUGAAGAGCAAAUGAAAAAGUAUAAAAAGGAGCAACAGCAGUUUCAACAACAAAUGGCUGCAGCUACUCAACAACAACAGAUGCUAUUGGGCAACGACAGUUACCCGCUAUACGAUUAUUAUUACCAACAACAGCCACCUACUAUGAGCAUCACUGCAGGGAAUGGUAAUGGCUUGUAUCAAAUGCCUUACAUGAAUAAUAGUAAUGGUAAUACGUAUAUGAUGUCACCAUCACCACAACAGGCGUUCUCCAUGAAUAGCAGGCCUGGAAGUGAGUUGCCGUCCAACAACCAACAGUAUCAUAGCUCUUACCAAUACCAUCAACAACAACGUUCGACCACUCCAGUAGCUACGUCAUUUUAUUCCCAGUACCAUUAGUCUCCUUGAUAAUAGUCUUUCAUAAUUAUACAAUAGAAAAACGGAAAAACCAACCCUCUUGUAAUACUUGCUUAUCAUUAUCUCUAGUUCUUUGGUUAUAAUAAAAGUCAUUUCUGGUUAAUGCAUCAUUAUGCUUCGGUUUAAUACGGUUUUCGAUAAGUACCAAAAAUGAGAUUUGAGGCUACCAUAAAGUGGUACUGAA